AUGGAUCAACUACCGCAGGAACUCAUCGAGAAGAUUACUAGUUAUGUACCCACGGAGGAUCUCAAGAACCUUCUCACUCUCACAACGAAGUUUCGCUACAGCGCAGAAAGGUACUCUGGCGCAUUUACGGAAUACACCCUAAACAAGCGCAAUGCCGACAGGUUUGUUAAGAUUUUCUCAGGGCACCGUCUACUAUAUCUACGGGAAGUGAUCUUUCGACCCAAUCUUCCUCCACUAGUCUGGACCCCCCCAGCCGGCGAGGAGGAUGAAGAAAUCGAAUGUCGCGAAAGUGCGGAUGAAAUAAGAGAGAAGAAUGAACAAUUCACAUGUCAGGUGCAGAUUAUCUAUAAAACCCUUAGAACCGUCGAGGAAAAUGCUGGACAUCAUGCCCCAGGACGAUAUCGACUACUGGUGCACGGCCCUACGAGACUGCUCCAUGACAACAGCAUCACUUGUCCGCAUCGCCAGUAUAGCAGCUGGCGAGUUCAACUACUCAAUACCGAAAUGCCUCUGGUGUAUUCCGUUCGUUCUCUAGAGAUCUACAAUAUAUGCAAGGAAGUUACGGACAUCUGUCAUGACUCUCAUGAUUACCCACCAGACUAUAGCAGUUGGGAGGGACAUGAAUUGAAGCUGGAUCUGGGUAUCAUGGUCAAACUAGCAUCGAGACUCCCAAACCUUGAGUACAUGGGCUGCAAGACCGGAGGGUUCGAAUGGCACCCGCCCUUUUGCCACCAGGGUGGUGACGAAGAACCCAAUCGUCAUUUUCAACACGAUUGGGACGGUCCACGUCGUGAUGCAAGACAUGAUUUUGCAAGCGCCGUUACCAGACAUGAAGCUCAGCUCCCAGCUUCACUCCGACGGGCGAACCUAGACUUUGUCCACCCACUAUAUCGCACACUGGAUACUGUACAGGAUAGGAUGCUACCUGACCUAGUCAGACCAGCGCUGUACGACCCAUUCAGCUCCAGUCUUCGUCUCUUAACCAACAACGUUCGGCAGCUCCGCAUACGGGCCAUCAUCGACGAAAGCUUAUUUCAUAUUGACGAUUCUUCACAGCCGGCAUGGCCUAACCUGGAAAUUCUAGAGGUCAUGUUUCAUCCAUCACGGCCUGACGGAUCGUGGUACUUUCAUGGACCUAGAGGUCAGGGUCGCGACGCUGUGGGUUAUGCAAUUACUGCUGCCUCCUACCCGCCUUUCGAAGCGAAUGAUCUCGACGCUGAGAUGGAGGGGCGAUUACACGAUCAAUCUGUUCUUGUAGAUUUGCCUAAUGGUCAUAGCAAUGAAUUCCGCAUCACACCAGAUGAACAACGACUCAGACCGCUGCUGGAAGGUUUCGCCAGGGCCGCAGUACAGAUGCCUUCCUUAAAGAGAGCCAUUAUCCGGUCGCCGUUGUUGUGGGAUCCGACCGAGGGAUAUGAUGACGGAAUCGAAAGAAAAAAUCUCACAUGGGGUAUACAAUAUUCCGAUGAAGAUAUUGGUGUUAACAUGGCAAAGCAUGAUCCGACAAGCCAAAGAGAGCAAGGUUAUACAGCGACACGUGCUUUGGCUUGGAUGGUGGGUGAUUGGCAUCCUGACGCGCAGCUGCACAGCCUUUUCCAGCAAAUUGGACGCGAGAAGCAUGGUGAAGAUUUGGUUGAGCAUUGGGAACUGAAGUACAUGUAUGCCGACGAUCUCCCUCACUGGAUGUUCAUUAAAGCUUUUUAA